GGAAUUCUAAUGUUGUUUUUAUAAAUCUGAAUUAAACGCGAAGAGCAGUGUGUCUUAAAUGGGUAGUCAGCGGCAGUUGCUUGUCUUAGUUAUUGGAUGAAGGCAGUCGUGUUCACGUUGUGCCAAAGAGUGUCGGUUAAAAUAAUGCUGGCUCUGUCGAUUUGUUUUGCUUUCGCGGGAGUUAUAGCAUCUGCAAGUGGAGCAGAUCAUGUUUCAACGGGCGAUAUGGAUAGGGAUUUGCUCAAGAAAACGUUACUGGCGAACUACCAUCCCUCCUCGAGACCAGUACAAGGAUUGAAUGAGACUGUGAUGCUUUUUGUCAACAUCGAAAUGCAGCACUUCGACUUUUUGGAAAAAAAUGGAGCAUUUCAUUUGGUUGGAUUGUUGCACGUCAGAUGGCGCGAUCCAAAAUUGGUGUGGAAUCCUAGCGAUUACGGCAAUAUCACAUAUAUCACUGUUAACCAGCGGCACAUUUGGAUACCUGAUUUGGAGUUCUACAAUAACGCCCCCAAUAAAUUCAUACGAAUGCACCGCAAUGGGUUUGUGUCGGUAAAACAGAAUGGAGUGGUGUUUUGGAGCGAUGCUAUUGAUGUUAACAUAUUCUGCACAAAAGAUAUGACGUUUUGGCCGCACGAUAGGCAUGAGUGUCACUUGGUUUUGGGCUCGUGGACGUUCGACGGAUUCGAAGUGGACAUAAUGCACGUGAAUGCAAACGAAAGCAUGAGCUUUACCAACGUAAAUAGACAAAAUAUGGAAUACAAAGUAAUGGGGUACAAUGCAUCGCACGUUGCCAAAUAUUACCCCUGCUGCCUUUACCCGUAUACGUCAGUGGACUAUAAUAUCACGUUUCAAAGGGAGUCGUCUUACGCGGUAAUUUUUCGCUGUCCAGCUAUUUCAAUUGCGGCAUUCACAAUUUUUAGCUUGUGUUUGGAACCAACACGCACCGAAACAUUUUGGAUCAACGCGAUAAGUUUGUGGCUAGCAUCGGGGGAAUUAAUUUAUUUUUCUUUUAAUGGACAACACUUUUCCAGAGGAGCGCCCAACAUAGUAAUUUUUUUUGGCGUUAGUUUCGUAAUGGUAACCAUGUCACAGUUAGUGGCUGUCUUUUCCAUUUUCGCCAACCGAUCAACUUUUAAAACAAAUGCGCCAUUGCCUGCCCGUUUUAGUCGAUGGUUGAAUUCUCCCUUCGUACUGCGAUUGCUAUCUAAAAAGUCUGGAUCCAAUAUGGCUGAAAGCUGCAAAAAUAACUGUUCAAAAACUGACGACAUAUCUCAUUUAAUAGAUAAAUGUAACUCAUCGAACGAUUGGCAACUACUCGCAAAUCUCCUGCAACGAUCCACUUGCUUUUCCUUUUCUUUAAUCUAUUUGAUAUUGUUUUCUAUUUACUUUGUGUAGAGUAACCGUUUGUUUAAUAAAUAUUCAAACAAUUCACAGAUGUUGGUAAAAAAUAAAUAAAUAAAUCUUUCGAUAAGCCAA